AUCGCCCCGCCCUCUUCCGGGGAAAGGCUCUUGCGGACAUAUUCAAGUUACGCCAUGUGUUCUCUCUUUUUGGGGUCUAGAUUUUUAAUGUUUCAACCAGACGAGGUUGUUAGUGGUUGACGCCUCGUUAUUAUUUCCGCUUACCUCUUAUCUAGCCAGAAAACUAGCUUGUUGGUUUUCCUGAGCUUUUGGUUCCUGACUGUUUUUCACUCAGUAAAUGUCAGAUAUUAUUUUAAUUUUAUUUUACUGAGAAACAAAUUUGGGUUUUAAAAUGAGCCAUUCAGAAACGGAGGUUGAAUGGACCAACGAGAACCUUGCAAAGCUUCUUGCUUCGCUGAAAGCCUGCAUUCCUGACGAGGAGAGGCUGAUCGACUAUCAGUUAGGACUGAAAACGGUAAACUGGGAUAAAGUGGCCUUCUCUACUUUUUCUCCGGAGGAAUGCAAACAAAAGUGGGCACAAGUAAUAAAGAAGAUGCGCAAGAGGCGGAGUAUCACAGAGCUCAUUGACGAGGCUCAAACUAUUGUUUCAGAUCCCUUACAUCACAGAAGAGUACAUCCAGAGGUUCCAAAGAGACCGGCUCAAGCUAGAUACAUCUACUUUAAAAGUAAAUGUGCUAAGUUUCAAACAAAGCAUCCUGAAAUGGGAAUGACACAGGUUCUUUGUACAUUACUUCAGGAGUAUGAGGCACUUCCACAAAAGGAGAAGGCCUUGUACGAAAAGAAGUAUGCCCAAAAAUUGGUAGAGUACAGGGAAAAGAUGAGCAAGUUCUGCCAAAAAAAUAAGAUGCAUGCCCCGCAGAAGACAUAUAAAAGGAAUCCACAGGAUAAAGACAUCCCUGCCAAGCCACCUGGGAGUGGCUACAAUCUGUUCCUCAAGGAAAGUUUUGAAUCCAUUACCGGAAAAAAAACACCCGCCACUAUAAAUUCAUUGUCCCAGCGCUGGAGAGAGUUGAGUGAAAAAAAAAAGGCUGAUUACAAUAAGCGUUGCAAAGAGCUGAAGAUGCAGUACGUUGCGGACUUAAACAAUCAUCUAAAAGGGUUUGAUGAGAAGGAACAAAAGGAGAUCAUCAAAAGGAAUGGCAUCAAAAUCCCCAAGAUUCCUGUGAAAGAAGAAAUCAUGAAAACAAAACGACCCAACGAGCCCAAGAUGCCGUCUCAUUCUGCGUAUUCGUAUUUUGUUGGUGAACAGCUGGCAUCACUGAAAAAUGAUACCAAAGUACGCAACGAGCACAUGAAGAAGGCCCACGAGGCCUGGGAGGAUCUCUCCAUCAAGGCGAAGGAGCGUUAUCGAGGCAAAAUGCACGUAAAGUUGAGAAAGUACUCGCAAGAUCUACAAAUGUGGUUUAAGAAACUGAGUCCGGAAGAGCAGGAGAGCUACUUGAAAGAAAACCCCUGGAAAUCUCGGUUCCUUGAUAACGAAAAGAUGGUUGCAUAUGACAAAAAGGAAGUACUGCUGUGCCAAGAUUCAGACUCGGAGGACGAAGAGAUGGAGAUCAACAGCAGUGAUGAAGAGGAGACUGAUUUUGAUUUCAAGGAAGAUGAGGAAGAAAAUGAGGAAGAAGAGGAGGGGGAAGAAGAAGAAAACUUAACAUUUGAUGUUUAUUAGAUGACAAAAGGACAGAGACCAGCACCUCUCAAAAGGGCAUGAUGGAAGUCUGACAUAACCAGAUGUUGAAGAAGAGAUGCUACAGACUGUUAGGUCAUCUACAUGGUUUACAUCAUUGUGAUCACACGUCUGAGUGACACAUUCAAGGUUGGAAUAAUUUCUGUAAAAAUAUAAAACAACAAACAAAAAAAUAUAUUGUCACACAGAAUGAGUAUUUUUAGGCACUACUGUGGAUUCCUGAUAAAAAGACCUGUUGAAAACACGGAAACCCGAAGGGGUGCUGCUUUGGGUGUUAUUUAAACAAUUAAAGGGUUUUGCUGUUUGAUUCUUCUCCAUUGAACAAAAUUACGAAGGGAAAAAGGCCAAUGUACAGUAGUUUUUAUUUUAUUUUGCUAAGUUUUUAUACAUCUUCAUAACUUCAAAUUAAGCUGAAUAAAUGUUUCCACAAAGUAAAA